GCGCUUCUUGUUUUUGCUGGCAGACAACAGGAAGUAUGCAAAACCACAGGUUCUUUUGCUUUUGUCGAGCAAGCAGGCAACUAGUUUCAACUUGCAAGCGUGCUGUCAAGUAUGCGUAAACCACGACUCCAUGCUUAUAAAUCAUCAUGUUCUUUCUGAAAGCCUCAUAUGAAGCCUUAGAUGAACUUAUGCGUUAAUUACCGGUCUAAUGCUUUCGGCUAUUUCUCACGGAACAACGAGACUCAGGUUACUAGCGUUUUGAAACGUUAUUGACCAAGUCAGUAGGGGUGGGUUGGGGUAGAGAAAGGAAGAGGAAGAAAGUCAGAAAAAGCAGCCUGAGUGCGAAACUCAGAACUUGCUAACACAUCAGUGCUCAGCUAUCUAAUGUGAUUCUUUUUCGGAAGGAAAACUUGGCAGGUGUGAAUUUAAUAUGAAGCGUCUAUUUUCGUUUGGCGGCAAAGGACGAAGCCAAUGAAGGCUACCCACGAGAUACAGUCUAGAGGACAUUAUUUCAACAUUUCAGGGUCUGGAAGACGCUUAGGGUUCCCAUAUCCUCUGGAUGACUGAAGGACAUAGCAGUGGAUUCUGACAUGGACUGUGCGGAGGUCAAAGGUCAAAUCCCAGCGGAGGAACAGCUGGAGCCACUGGUUAUCCUCGAGGAAGGGGACGAGCUGGACGAUUUCACACAUAUCUCUGCGAGAGGGAAAGGCGUACUAAGAGUGAAGAAGGAAAACAUGGAAGACACGAUUAAGGGAAGUUCGGAGGGAAGUACAGAUUCUAAAAACGAUGUGGAAGUGGAAAGUCAGCAAAAGGAAGGGCUGGAAUACAUAAACCAAAAGAUCGAGGGAGUGACAGAAACCGAGGAGAACCCAGAAGUGAAAAGAGUCCAAACCAGACCUGGAUUAGUGAUGGAGAAGGCAGAAGAGGAGAUGGAGGGAUUGAAGACAAAAGCAGUGCCUAAAGAAGAGUCACUUGCUGAUAGCCAGCCUUCUGCCAAACUACGACCCAGGGACCGACUCAGUCCUGAAGAUGCUCAGCAAAAGGUCCACAGAUUAUCCCCAGAUUCUCCUGACGCUCUCUACGAGCUACUUUGCGCUUUGCAAGAGGGCCGUCGGCUCAACGACCAGCGCUGCUCCUUCACACUGCAGCCACGCCGGAGGUGCCACUCGGAGCCUGGAACCCCACGCCACAACCAUAAAGUGGUCUUCUCAUCCAUGACGUCGCUGCAGAAGGAGGAGUUCUUCGACCUGGUGGCUACCUCCCAGGCUCGAAGGCUGGAUGACCAGCGUGCUGCUUUUCAGGGCUCUUCCCCAGAAACCCCGGCGCGUUUGCCUCAGGAGCCUCGGCGUUCCUCCAGCGCCCCUGAGACUUUCUCUCAGCCCAGACCCAAAUCGAGGAGAAGCAGCUGGAAGGUCAUGGAGUUUGGCCAGUCCGUUCCCAAACCAGCAGCAAAGGAGGAACUCUACAACAUGAUCCUAAGCUCACAAGCACAGGGCCGUUUGGAGGAGCAGCGAAGCAAAGCACCAGGCCCUAUGGAUGAUGAAGAUUUCUUCUCCCUGCUGUUGAAGGUCCAGGGAGGCCGUCUAGACGAGCAGAGAACAGAGCUUCCCGUAGCACUUCGGUAUUAAAAGAGACGCUGGCUAACACGUCUGAAUAUUGAAAAAGGGUGUUAUUUCGGGUUUUGCCUGAAAUAUGUCUUUUAGUUACUUUUUUAACUUGCUUUUUGUUUAAAAUGAUGUAAUUUAUGAUUGUCUGAGCCUCAAGUAUGUUUUAGAAAUUGUUGGUGUUCCCAUGGAUUUUAAUAUUUGAGCGAUGUAACUUGAGUGUUAACUGUAGAACGUUUUUUUAUAAGAAGCGCUAGGGUCAACACUUGAGCUGAGCGAACCGUUGCACAUGGUUGCAACAGGCGUUUAAUAUUUGCUGAUGUUUUUCACUGUUGGUGUUUGCUUUAGGGAGGCGUGAAAAAGAGCUUAGAGGAACAGAGGGUGCAGACUUUUAGAAGUGUGAAUGGUGCAAAGCAGUGAAAGACCAAGAGCUGAAGCACAAUGGGGUACAUUAUAUAAGAAGUAAGGCAAGACACUGUAAGUGAAUGGGGUCAUUAUAAUUAUCAUUAUUAUUUUUUAUUAUUAAUAACAAUAACAAUAAUAAUAAUAGAUCUAACAAUGAAUAUUUGACAGUUGAUUGCUGAUAGGGCGUACGGUGGCUUGGUGUUUAGCACGGUCGCCUCACACCUCCAGGGUCGGGGGUUCGAGUCCCACCGUGGCCCUGUGUGUGUGGAGUUUGCAUGUUCUCCCCGUGCUGCGGGGGUUUCCUCCGGGUACUCCGGUUUCCUCCCCCAGUCCAAAGACAUGCAUGGUAGGCUGAUUGGCAUGUCCAAAGUGUCCGUAGUGUAUGAAUGGGUGUGUGAGUGUGUGAGUGAUUGUGCCCUGCGAUGGAUUGGCACCCUGUCCAGGGUGUACCCCACCUCAUGCCCCAUCAUACUCCCUGGGAUAGGCUCCAGGUUUCCCCGCGACCCUGAAAAGGAUAAAGUGGUAUAGAAAAUGGAAGGAUGAUUGCUGAUAUUCUUACAGAUAUUGAAACUUUUUCAAAAAUCCAUUUGCCAAAUUAUUCAUGCAUAAAUCUGCAUACAAAAUCUAGCAUCUUUUGAUGUUGUUAAAAUUAAUAUAAAAUUAAAAAAAAAAAAUUCAUGGAGUUUAUUUCACUAUGGAGACACUCUCAAGUGAAAGACUUUUACAGAAAAGUUUGUUGAAUUUUUUUAAUUAUUAUUAUUAUUAUUGUUAACCGAGAAAACACACUGUUAUGAAAUGAUUUUAUGCCAUUUUCAGUAUAAAAUCGACAUUUUGGGAUAUUCUUCUGCAGUAAGGCUUAAAUUAGGAAUAGGAACGAACGAGGGUAAGUCACCUAGAAACUGAUUGUGAGGAAGAAAAAAAAAAAAGAAAGUACAUUGUGGUGUUAAUGUUAACGUGUUGCAACUUGAGUUUGAUUGAUGUGUAUAUCAUUAUGACCCAAAAUUGACAUGAUUUCAAGGAUAUAUGACAUGCUGUGAUUGUGGAAAGUAGGCGGAGCUUCAUCAAAGUCGCUUAGUUGCUAACAAAAUCAGUGAUAUGAACACUUUUCUGUUGAGUUGUGAGUUUCUUUUUUUUUAUUACUGCAGUUUAAGAGACGUUAUACAAACAUUAUUGACCAGAAUGAUCUUUUCUACCUAGUGUCUUGCCUUAAAGUGAUGCCUAACAGACGUAGCCAGUUGUAGACCAUUAUAUUGCAGCAGUCCAUUUUCGAGACAUUCGAGUCAAGUAUGAUGAGCGGCUCAAAUUCUCUAUAAAGUUAAUAAUAAAGCUCAUCAACAGGUCCGACCGCUUCCUCUUCGCUAGACGUAAAACCAAUCUUUGUUACUGAUCGUAAUAAAUCUAAUCGUUAUACUGAUACCAGAUAGGACUGGUAUGACUUGUGACUGGUGGUUAUGGUUACAGUGUGUAUGAGAAAUGUGAGACUUUUUUUUUUCUUUUUUUUUUAAAAUCAGCACAAAAGUCACACCAGCCAGCAUUCUUCUAAAGUGUGAAAGCAGUCUUAGUUUUGUUCAAGAGUCACGAAGCUAACGAAGCCGACAAGCCACCAGUUUAGCAUGGUGCACACUGCAUGUCUGAAGCAUUGCACAAUUUCUUUCUGGAUUCGUUCAGUGUCUCAAAUAGACUUGUUCCUCUCUUGUUAUCUUUUUUUUUUUUUUAAUGAUAAAAAAAAAGACGUUAUUAGCUGUAUCAUAGUUCCAUCUCAAAGCGGAGUCACUUUCUUCCUCAGUGCGAAAAAGGGUUAACUCUAACCCUAACCCUAACCCUCACACCUCCAGGGUCGGGGGUUCGAUUCCCACCGUUGCCCUGUGUGUGUGUGCGGAGUUUGCAUGUUCUCCCCGUGCUGCGGGGGUUUCCUCCGGGUACUCCGGUUUCCUCCCCCAGUCCAAAGACAUGCAUGGUAGUCUGAUUGGCAAGUCCAAAGUGUCCGUAGUGUAUGAAUGGGUGUGUGAGUGUGUAUGUGAUUGUGCCCUGCGAUGGAUUGGCACCCUGUCCAGGAUGUACCCCGCCUUGUACCCGAUGCUCCCUGGGAUAGGCUCCAGGUUUCCCCGUGACCCUGAAGGAAGGAUAAGCGGUAUAGAAGACGGAUGGAUGGAUGGAUGGAUAUAUUCAGUGAUUUUAUGAAAGUAUUUUAUGAAAUAUUUUAUGUUACCGAGGCACUGAGUGUGUGAGGACUUAGACAUGCAUUUUUGCACAGUGUUAAAACGGUAGCUAGAAGUUUCCUUUACUUACAUAUAAUCGAAUACAUUCGAAUUAGCUCGUAAUUACGUCGUUUUUCGAACUGAGCUACAAAGAGGGCGAAAAAAAAACGUGGACGCCAGCUAACUCUCAGGAACGAUGUAUAGUUUCCUCCUCAAAACAGCGAUCUAUACAGUCAAUGUUAUAGAUUUAACAAGCGAAUAUAUUGAUUAAUCUAAAGCAAAUACUUGUAUAUACAGUAUAAGGUAAGACGGGUUACAUUGUUGAAGGGGAAGGAGGAGUUUUCGAGUUACGCUGUUUUAGUUGAACGUAUCAUUACCCACAUUAACCUUGUAGCUCUAGAACAAAACUAAAGAAGCAAACUCGUCGUGGAUUAUUGGCUAAAGUUAUCGAGAAAAGUGGAAAAUUAUAUCGUUUGUAUUUUCGGGGUAAACUAUGACAUUAAAACACAAGAUUCUUGUAUUCAAGCUAAAAAUUACUGAGAAGAGUUUGAUAAACCUCUGAUAAAAGUCGUUUUUGAGUAGCAAAAUUCAUGAUUUGUAUGAUUUUCCUUCAUCAGUUUUUUUAGGGUAUUUAAGCGGUUUAAUAACGUGAAAGCAUUGCGAAUUAAACUAGAAUGUAGACUACAUACGCAGAAUAGGAGGUCUUGCACUACUUCACGGUGUUGCCAAGUUUAAUGAACUAAAGUGAUUAGCUUUAUACAUUUAUUAUUAAUUACUAAUCCCGUUCUGCAUCUGUCCUUUACAGUGUAGGAUACUUGACCCGUUAUGCUACUUAAUAGAGAAAAAGCCAAACACCAUCAUUGUUUUGUUGUGCACAGAAAAGACUGUUCCUUAAUUAAAAUGAUUAAUGAAGUCA